AUUUUAAAGGUGUUGCAACGUAUUUUUACGAUUUUAUCAACAGUAGUACGACGCGCUAUAAAGAAGAUCAAUACAAUGGAAGAUACAGUAAACCACGAGCUUAUUUAUGAAUUUCUAAUUCAAUAUGGAGGCGGUGGAAUCAGUUUAAUGAAAGACUAUUGGGAGGAAGGGAUUGCUUUUAUUUGUAUUGAUCACAAGGAAAAAAGAAAUGCCUUGAGCGGAAAAAUGUGUACAGAAUUAAGAAAAUGCAUCGAAGAGCUUGAAAAUUGGAAAACAGGAAAAGCUGUAAUUAUGAUGGGCGAAGGAAUUAAUUUUUGUUCUGGUGCCGAUUUAGAUUUUGUUCGGAAAGAAUGUAAUCCAACAGCAGGAUAUUAUCUAAGCUCUUAUAUGCAUGAUAUAUUGAUAAGAUUCAGAAAACUGCCACUUAUUACUGUAACUUUACUACAUGGAAUAGCUGUUGGAGGUGGUGCUGAGAUAUCAACUUAUACAGAUUAUUUAUUAGUAACGGAUAACGCGAGAGUUGGGUUUGUUCAAGGAACAAUGGGAAUAAUCACAGCAUGGGGUGCAGAAACUAGGUUAAUCCAGCUAAUAGGACAAAGAAAAGCGUUAGAAGUACUUUUAUCUUCAAAAAUUUACAAUGCACAAGAGUUACUAGAUAUGGGGUUGGCAUAUAAAAUAGUUGAAACAAAAACUAUGAUUGAAGAAACUCUUGAUUUUGUCAGGAGUCUUACUACGCACCAUUAUUCUAUAAUACAAUCUUAUAAGUCUGUCUCUAAUGUUGCAUUGGAAAAGUGUUUUGUGGAAUCACUGAAUGUUGAGAAAAGGGAGGUUUGUACAAAGUGGGGAGCCGAAUUGAAUAGAGAGGCACUAAGGAAACGUAUCAAACAUAUUAAAGAUAAUAAAUGAUAUCAAGAAUA